AUGAGUUUUACUAACUUAUUCGCUCUCAUUUUGGUAAAUCUUCAUUUUCCUUCACUCUCAUUUUCGGUUUCAAUUUUCCUUCACUCUCAUUUCGGUAAGGAUUUCGGUAAGGGUUUCUGUGGAUUUCUUCGCUCACUCGCUCACUCUCGUUUCGUUCUUUUAUCUGUUCUUUCCCUUCAAACCUUUCAAGCAAGAACAAUCUUCAUGAUGAUCUUCCAAAGAUAUGGCAACAACCCUACUGGUUCUGAUAGAGUCAUACAGAUACUCAGUGAAUGCUCACUAAUAGUGUUUAAAAGUUGCAGGGAAAUUGAAGGUCCUUACAUAGAUCAUUUUCAAAACCAGCUCAAAAAACCAGUUCUUGUUUCUGGAGUACUUGUUCCCGAGCCAUCGACCGAUGUUCUCGACGAAAAAUGGACAAAAUGGCUAGAUAAUUUUCCAGAAAAAUCUGUGAUAUUGUGUUCCUUUGGUAGUGAAACAUUUCUAAGUGAUGAACAAAUCAGUGAACUAGCAAUUGGUUUGGAGCUUACAAACUUACCUUUCAUUUUGGUCUUAAACUUUCCAUCAAAUCUCAAUGCUGAGAUUGAGCUGGAAAGAGCAUUACCAAAAGUGUUCAGAGAGAGAGAGUGA